UCCUGUCGGGCGGGCCGAUACGGCUCGGAGGUCCAAUCAAAUCAUUCAGCUCGCGGUUCUAUGUGGGCGAUACCUAUCAAAACAACGUUUUGUGUUGUAGACCGCGCGUGUUAUUUACAAAUUGAAAACAUUGACUGAAAAUAUUUAGCUUUUAACGUUUAUAGUAAUGCAGUGAUAUAUUGAAGUGUUAUCUGUCAGAAUAGGACUAGACUUUUGAUUUAUUGACUGUGUGCGAAUAUUUAUUUGGUGCCGAAAAUGACCGCUUCCACGAUGAUUGAAUUGGAAUCCUGGAUAAUCUACCAGUGUGUGCUGAAUGAAUGCCAUGUGUCCAGCAGCUGAGCUGGAUGUGUAGCUGAUUGUUUUUUGUUUGGCACAAGUUUCUUUAAGUUUUCUUCAUGGUAUCAUCAAUGGAAGGCGGCGCCUGGUGCGCUCGCGACAUCUCGCUGCGCGCGCAGAAGAAAUUCCUGUCCCGCGUGGGCGGCGCGGCCAGCGCACGCGCACUCGUGCUCGAUGAGCAUGCCGCUAAACUGCUGGACCAGUUUUUGACGGUACUCCGCGAGCGCCUGGAGAAGCGAGAAGCGGAGAAGUUGGUGAAGCACGUGAUCAAGUCGGCGGUGAAGCUGGGCGUGCUGCGCAGGCACGGGCAGCUGUCGGCCGCUGACGAGCGCGCGCUGGCUGCGUUCCGGUCCAAGUUCCACAAUGUACUGAUGGCAGUGGUGUCGUUCUGCGAGGUGGACUUCUCAUACGAUCGCGGCUUCCUCCAGGAUGCACUGCGCGAGUCACACCAGUCUCUCAAAGCCGUGGUAGAGCGACACCUCACAGACAAAUCAGUGUCGAGGCUCGCGGGGGUGUUUGCCAUCGCGUCUCGUGGCGAGCUGCUGGACGCCAUGUUCGCCGGCCAAGUGGACGAGGACGUGCUGAAACUGUCCAGGAUGCUGCGCAAGGAGCUGGACCGAGGCCUCCUAUAAUCCCACACACUCACACACCCUGUGCCGUCCUUACCCAAAGCUAGAUAUACCAACGUAUCAAAGUAUUUGGACGAUUUUCCUCAAACGAGGCUUCAUGUCGACGGGACGAGCUCCCGACAACUUCGACUAUGGGAACACUAACAAUAUCGUUAUCUCCACAAAUGGAGAUUUGAUUUUUUAUUAUAAACAAUAUUUCUAGUUAGAUUUGUAUGUACGUCUGUGCACAGUCGAUGCCGGCUUUGGGCGUGACAAUACUACAUCAAAUUGAUACUUUUCUACGAACAGGAGGUAAUGUAUGUGUCCUUGCAGACACAGGCUUAGAAUCUGAACAAACUUGUUUAAAAAAUCUUGUUUCUACAAAGAAACAUUGUCAGUUCAAAGUCAGCAAGCGACGUAGCAUAUCGCUUGAGCGUUCGUUUCACUGCACGUCAAUACAAUGCCUUCUGAAAUGCUCUCUUCCCAGAAUUGUGUGGUUCCAAACCAUUUGUAGCGAUCUACAAGACUUUUACGAAUACUCAGUGAGUUUAUAUCGAUGUAAUAUGUGCGGGGAAACUCGUAAAGUUUACCAGUGUCCACUGUCUUUUAGUGUUUUAACGACUAGUAAUGACAUUACCUACCAUUUACUUCCAAUUUUUUUUUCGGUGUAAUCAUUUACUGUUCCCUUAGUAUGAGUUUGAUUUACGAUUAAAGUAAUCAAAACAAGAGCCUAUUUGGUGCUCUGAUUGGUUGGCUCGAAUAAACCCACCAAUCAAAUUGCCGAAAGCGCUCUGGUUUUGAUUACUUUAAACGUAAAUCAAAGUCAUACUAAGGGAACUGUUUGAUACUUAAUGUGUCAUUGUCAGUCUAACUAAUGAUUUAUGGAUUAAUUGAAAUAUAAUGAAUCAAAAUGUUUCUUCGCAAUGUAAACUUGCCUGCCGUUGCUCUGCCAUUUGAAAAUGUAAAAUAAAAGCGUGUCUAUGUCGAAAUACACUGUCUUGCCCAGUUAUACGACUUUACUAAUACACAGCAUUAUUAAUUUAGAGUGCAUUUAAUAGUCUGUAUAUAAAAUCAUGUUAUUAAUGUAUACUCGAAUGAUUUUUGUAAUUAUAUUUUAGUUUUUAGACAUUUUUUUAUUUUGUUAUAAGGACCGUUACCAGUUAGGUGAGUCGUUCUUUUUUUAAAAUAUCGAUAAUGAGAUUUUAAAUAUUACUGUACUCGAAACCAUAGACAAUUUUAUCUGUCAGUUCAUUUAAAGAGGUCAUGUAUGGGAAAUAUUUAUCUAUGGAUUUGGAUGUGAAGAAAAUGUAAUCUAUUCUACUAUUAACUAAAUGUAAACGAAAAAAAUAGACUUAAACUUAUUAAGCCUACCCAAUAUCUAUGAAUAUACGGUAUAUUACAACGCCCUAUUGCAUUACUGAAUAAAAUCACAAAUUCAUGAACAAUUUUGAGUUUAGAUGUAUAUUCAGAUGAUUAAAAUUAUUUAGUUAUACUUAUUAAAUCGUUAUGAAAUUACAAUGACAUCUUCGCUUUCUACUUCGAUGUAAUCUUGAUAACUAACUAUAAGAACUUACAUAUAUUAUAGUUUUUCUACGAAAUCAUAAUCACUAAACCAUUUGGAACAAAAAAAAUGAAAAUUUUGAUAAAAUAAAAUCUACUUCGGACCAAAAUGUUUAAAUAUCUACACAGUUCAAACAUAUCUGAACUAGAAUUCAUAUCUUAUUUUAUUAGCAAUAAAAACUAAUUUGGAUAGUCAUAGUGUGUAACUCGUAUUGUUUUGUAUAAGUAUUUAAGUCAGUAGUGCGGUGCACUCACUAGAACGCACAUCUAUAACUCUCUUGCCUAAUCGUAUCACUGUUUAGUGUUUUAUACUAUUUGUGUUGGUGUUAUGGGGUAUCCCAUUUAGAGAAGGCACUUGUUCAAUAAUUUAAAAAAUAUAUUUGAAAAGAUUCAUGGAACAUGUUCUAAUUUAUCGAUAAAAUGUCCCAAUCCUAAAAAUAGACUAUGAUUUUGAUGGUAAAGAUUUUGUUUUUAUAUUGUAUUCCGUAAGACAUUAUAAAGUCCCAUAAAUAUAAGACACAUUUUUACUCUUAAUAAGAAACUUCGUCAUUUUAAUCUAGUCUUUGCUUCACUUAGAAACUUAUCGAUAGAUUUUCCUCUUUGUGUGUCACAUCUCUAAAUGGGAACCACCAAAUGUCAUAGCUAGAUGAAAUCAAAGAGACGUCCAAGUAGGGAUUGUAUUAAAAAAGACAAUAUCGAUGUGUAAUGUUAUAAAUGUUGAUUCCUAGACGAAUCUCUACGAGAUGUAUCUGAAAUGAAUGUUAAAAGUUAGUUGUUUAUAAAAACUGGUGUGAUUUAUAUGUUAGAGUACUUAUAUGUUAGGAGUUAGUUUCUCAAGUUUUCAAUGUUUCAUUGUACUUUUUGGAGGCAACGUUCACCUUGAGCCAAUAGUGAUGUUCUUGUUUUAUCGAUAUUAAGUAGUCAAGAUUUCGAGUCAUAGUGGACGUGUUUCUUUAAAUGAUUUUGCUAUCGAUAGUUCUUGUAUCUUCUAUCUUUAUCACAAAGGUGAACGUUGUGACAUUAAAUGAAUAUUUUCCUACAAAUAAAAAGAUUUUUAAUACAAUGUCGAUAUAAAAAUGGAUGGAAAUUGUAUCUAUAUUUGAUUGAGUCGGGCUUUAAAACGAGACAACGCAAUUUUAUGUUUUUCUUUAAAAAUAAUGUAGUGUUUACUAUAAUCUCACGAUGCAAAGUUUGUUUUAGAACACUAUUUAAUGCAAAUAAGACAGAAGAGUCUUAAUGACACAAUGUUAAUGUUGAAAUUGGUCUGAGAACCUAUGUUACAUUUUUAUAAUUUGUAUCAUACAGGGUGUAAACGGAACAUUUCCGAAAAACAUUAAAUAUUUUUUGUUUUUAUAAUUUUAAUCGUUUUUGUUUUCGUGUUAUUCAUGCAACAUCAGCCUUAAGCAGUUGAUUACAACUAUUAUUACACAAAAUAAACAUUGAAUUCCUUAAUUUUUUGAAAAUAAAACUAUUUUUUUACCAUCACCUGUUUGUGGCGUUUGGGAGCGUUCCGUUUACACCCUGUAUUAUAACUGAAUUUCAGAAGUACACAACUGAAUAUCUUCAUCAUCGUUAUUUAUUUAUUGUUAAUUCGUUUUAAAUGUUGAAGAAGAAAAACAAUGUUUAUUUUAAACUCCGAAAUAUUGCGUAGGACACAAAAAAAAUCUACGAAUAACGCCCGGUUUUUUUCCUAAAGAUUGAUUGAUCUUUGAAUAUUUUCAGUCCAAUUUCAACAUUUGAUGAAAGUUUUAAAACAAGUAUGAAGCACAUUUAGCACCUACAUGACAUUUGAAAGAUCGCAGCGCUGUCACCUGUGGCCUGUGUUGCAUUGCGUGGCGCGUGACGCGUGCGCCAGUAUAAAUGUAAUAAUUUUUGUUAUAAGCUGUGUUAUGUAAUAAGAUUUGAUAUCAAAUAUACAAUUGAUAAGAG